AUUGUCACUUAAUUGAGUUUUUGUUUCUUUCAUUAUUCACUUUAUAAGCUACACACAAAACCAUGACAUAAAUUCACAAGUCUUGAAGAAUCUUGUUAUCUUAUCCUUACUUUUAUUCUUCAUAACUUGAAACUUUGUUGAUAGUUUUCAUCUGAAUUAGUGACAUGGAUGUGAAGUUGAAGUCUCUUUCUGAAGGUGAACAUGAAGAAGAAGAAAACAUGCACUUUCUGAAAUCUCUUCAGGAGCUAAGAGAAUUGAGGUCUCAGCUUCAUUAUGCUGCUGAUUACUGUGAAACAACAUUCUUAGAAAGUGAAAAGAAAAAAGAUGUUAUGGAAAACACAAAAGAAUACAUAUGUAGAGCUAUGGUGACUGUGGUUGAUCAUCUUGGAAAUGUUUCUUCUAAUCUAGAAGGACUUAUUUCUCACACAAAUUCAUUCUCUGAUGCUGAGAUAAAAAUUCAAUGCCUCAAACAAAGACUUUUCUCAUGUGAGCAAUAUGCUGAUAAACUUUCAAUCUCAAAUAUGCAAUGGAGGGAGAAAUUGCCAAGAUUCCAUACAAGAUAUUUAUCAUCAUCUCCUAUCCUUGAAAAAUCACAAGAGAAUUUGAAGCCAGCCACUGCUACAAAUAACAAGCACAACAAUUUGGCUUUUGUGAUGCCUGUUCGCGACGGUUUGAAAGUGUUAGCGAAAGUAUCAAAUCCUACAUUUCAUUUCCAAGCUACUCCAAAGGUCGGGCCGCGUCAUAGAAGAUCGUUGCACGGAAGCGAUAUUUUAUGGCUCAUUAGGCGCACGAAACAUACGCAUUGAGAAAUUUGAGUUUAAUUGCUUAUCAUUUUCAUGUUGAAGUCUAGUGUUAAUUGUAUGAUUUGUGAAUCAAAUACGAUUAAUAAAAUAUCAGUAUGUUAAAGCACUUUGAAAGUUCGAACUCUGAAUGCAACAAUUUUUUACCAGA